UUGGAUUACUGGAUAGCUAGGUGAUUAGUAUUCCUGUAAUAUACAAUACGGUGUAUUCAUACUAAGCUUUUUUUUAGAUAUCCAAUAGUUAAUUAGAGCCACAGGGAAAAACAUUAAUGGUUUUAGUUGUUAUAUAAGUUUCCUGUUAUAUAGAGGAAAUGUAAUAUUAUACUGGCUGGAAGUGCACAGUGCUUGGAAACCUAUUUACAUGUCAAGUGCCUCGGUAAUAAUUGAUAGAGUUUCUGAGAGGACAGAAAACGGGCCCAGAUGGGGCCAAGUGGGUUAUACAGCAGUUGUGAAUGCAAACAGUAAGGGGAGAGGCAAAACUCACUUGUUUUCAUAGUAUUACAACUGCAAAGCUGUCCGGCUCUCUGACACCAUGGAAGUUACAUGGAUGUUUUUGACACUAAUAUUCUUCAGUCAACUACAGUGGACAGCAGCUAAUCCAGGUGCAGGACUGCACACAUGGGAUAGAUUUGCCAAACUUCCAUAUCCCGGUGACAAAGCCUUCCUAUAUGAUACUUUCCCCGAUACAUUUAUUUGGGCUGUCGGCACCGCUGCAUAUUCAGUGGAGGGAGCCUGGGAGAAAGACGGGAAGGGCAAGUCUAUCUGGGACACUUUUACACGCGGAGGCACCCGUGUAUCCAGAGGCGAUGUGGGCAGUGACAGUUAUCAUAACAUCGCAGGGGACCUCCGGGCGUUACAGCAACUUGCAGUCAGUCACUACAGAUUUUCUCUAUCCUGGCCACGCAUUUUCUCCAAUGGCACCAAAGAAAGUUACAAUGAAAAAGGGGUGGAAUAUUAUAAAAAUCUAAUUCGUGGAUUAAAGGAUAUUGAAGUGCAACCUGUGGUGACUUUAUAUCAUUGGGACCUUCCUGACAAUUUGCAGACCGGCUUUGGAGGUUGGAAUAAUUCAAUAAUGGUGGAACUAUUCAGAGAAUAUGCAGACUUUUGUUUUAAAACAUUUGGAGCGGAUGUGAAAUUUUGGAUUACCAUUGACAAUCCUUUUGUUGUGGCCUGGCAUGGAUAUGGAACUGGGGUUGUGGCACCUGGGAUUAAAAAUGAUUCAGAUUUGCCUUUCAGAGUUGGACACAAUCUUUUGAAGGCACAUGCUGCAGCCUGGCACCUGUAUGACGACCAAUAUCGUGCCAGUCAGGGGGGACAAGUGUCCAUGGCUCUUGCUUCCCACUGGAUCAAACCUAGCAGAACCAGGCUGGAGAACCGCAGAGCCUGCCAGUGUUCUUUGGACUUCGUGCUUGGCUGGUUUGCCCGCCCGUUGUUUGUGGAUGGAGGCUAUCCGCCUUGCAUGAAACGCAAUUUGACCCACAGAUUGCCGUCCUUCACGGAGGCCGAGAGCAUGUACAUUAAUGGAACAGCUGACUUCUUUGCCCUGUCUCAUGGACCUGCUCUUAGUUUUCAGCUGAUUAAUGACAGCCUGCGCUUUGGCCAGACAGAAGACCUGGACCUGAGGAUGCUGCUGUUCUGGGUCCAAGCAGAGUACAACAAUCCACCUAUAUUUGUAGUGGAGAGUGGCUGGUAUGGAGGUGGCAAUACAAAAACAAAGGAUGCCAAGCAUAUGUAUUACCUGAAGCGCUUUAUUAUGGAGACUCUGAAAGCAAUCCGCUUUGACCAAGUUAAUGUGAUUGGCUACACAGCCUGGUCUCUGCUGGACGGGUAUGAGUGGUACCGCGAAUAUGGAAUACGACGAGGGCUGUUCUAUGUGGAUUUCAACACUCCUGAUAUGAAGAGAGAGCCAAAGACAUCUGCCACUUUCUAUAGCAAACUCAUAGAAAAGAAUGGCUUCCCACAGCUGCCCGAGAACCGCCCUGCACAGGGCGUCUUUCCCUGUGAUUUUGCCUGGGGAGUGGCAGCCAACUCCAUACAGGUUGAAACCACACCUACCCAGUUUGCAGACCCCAGUGUGUACAUUUGGAACAUUUCGGGUAAUGGAGAGCUAAAAAAGGUCCCAGGUGUGCAGGCUCCCGCUAUGCGCAGGGCACGGCAUUGUGCUGAUUACGCCAGCAUACACCAGCAGGUGUCUGAUGUGCAGCGCAUGCAGGUCUCACACUUCCAUUUCUCCCUCAACUGGUCCUCCAUCAUUCCAACGGGCAGAGUGUCUGAUGCUAACAAAACACUGCUAAACUACUACCACUGCUUUGUCAGUGAGCUACGAAAGGUUAACGUAACCCCAGUUGUGACCCUUUGGCACCAUACCGGUAAACUGUCCAGCCUACCUGCACCUAUGGAGGCUAGUGGGGGCUGGCAGAGCGAGGAGACAGUCCAAGCCUUUGCCAACUACGCCAGGUUGUGUUUCCAACAGCUUGGAACACAUGUCAAGCUGUGGAUCACGCUGAAUGAGCCCAAUGAUGAAGAGCUUGAAUACGCAGUGGGCCACCAGCUUCUUCGUGCCCAUGCGUUAGCUUGGCGCAUUUAUGAUGGUGAGUUCCGCAAAGCUCAAGGUGGUGAGGCAUCACUGGUUCUUCAUAUGGAUUGGGUCGAACCUGCAUUUUCUUUCAACCGAGAAGACGUGGAGCCUGCAAACCGAGUCUUGGACUUUAGAGUUGGCUGGUUUGCGGAGCCCAUCUUUGGCAGCGGGGAUUAUCCACCAGUGAUGCGUAGCUGGCUCCAACAGCGAAACAAUAUAGAUCUCUUCAAUUAUCACUUACCAACAUUCAGUGAAGAGGAUCACCAGUUGGUUAAAGGAACCUAUGAUUUCUUUGCCAUCAGUCACUUUACUACCUCAAUGGUAUAUGACGGGGUAGAGGACAAAUACACCUUCAAGGACAAGUUGCAGGUGCAGUUGAUAUCUGACGUCACCUGGAUCAUGUCUCCGAGACGCAACUCUCCUGUGGUCCCCUGGGGUCUUCGCAAGGCACUAAAUUGGGUUAACUCUAGAUAUAAAGGGGUUCCCAUUUACGUGAUGGCCAAUGGUGUUCAAGAGGAUACUGCUAGGUUUAAGGAUAGCUUGCGCAUCUACUACCUUUACAACUACAUUAAUGAAGCCUUGAAAGCAUAUUCACUGGAUGGCAUCGAUCUGAAAGGCUAUUUUGCAUAUGCGUUCAAUGACCAACGGGAUCCAGGCUUUGGCAUGUAUGGUCAUGUGCAAGAGGAGGUCAUUUUAAAAUCUUCACUAGACCAUUAUAGAAACAUUAUCAACCAUAAUGGCUUUCCUGCUCCGGGCACAAUUCCACAGCAGUGUACCCAUGACUCGGUGCACUGCUCUGGGUGUUAUAUCCUAGCCAAGCAGCCUAUCGUCAGUUUUCUCUCUCUGGUGGCCAUUUGUAUGCUGAUUACAAUGUGCCUUUUUAUCUACUACGCAAUCAAGAGGCGCAAAUUAACUACGAAGCGAUGAAAGAAAAUGGUUUCUUGGCU